CAUUUUAAAAGGGCCGGAGAUUGCGGGCGUCAGUGGCCAUGGCGGAUACAGCGACUACAGCAUCGGCGGCGGCGGCGGCUAGUGCCGCUAACGCCUCGACCGAUGCACCGCCUUUCCAGCUGGGCAAACCCCGCUUCCAGCAGACAUCCUUCUACGGUCGCUUCAGGCACUUCUUGGACAUCAUCGACCCUCGCACACUCUUUGUCACUGAGAGACGUCUCAGAGAGGCUGUGCAGCUGCUGGAAGACUACAAGCAUGGGACCCUGCAUCCGGGGGUUACUAAUGAGCAGCUCUGGAGUGCACAGAAAAUCAAGCAGGCUAUUCUACACCCGGACACCAAUGAGAAGAUCUUCAUGCCCUUUAGAAUGUCAGGUUACAUUCCUUUUGGGACGCCAAUUGUGGUUGGUCUUCUCUUGCCCAAUCAGACAUUGGCGUCCACUGUUUUCUGGCAGUGGCUGAACCAGAGCCACAAUGCUUGUGUCAACUAUGCAAACCGGAACGCUACGAAGCCUUCACCUGCAUCCAAGUUCAUCCAGGGCUACCUGGGAGCUGUCAUCAGUGCCGUCUCCAUCGCUGUGGGCCUUAAUGUCCUGGUUCAGAAAGCCAACAAGUUCACCCCGGCCACCCGCCUUCUCGUCCAGAGAUUUGUGCCGUUCCCCGCCGUAGCCAGCGCCAACAUCUGCAACGUGGUCCUGAUGCGGUACGGGGAGCUGGAGGAGGGGAUUGACGUCCUGGAUGGUGAUGGCAACCUCGUGGGCUCCUCCAAGAUCGCAGCCAGACAUGCCCUGCUGGAGACGGCGCUGACGCGGGUGGUCCUCCCCAUGCCCAUCCUGGUGCUACCCCCGAUCGUCAUGUCCAUGCUGGAGAAGACAGCUCUCCUGCAGGCGCGCCCCCGGCUGCUCCUCCCCGUGCAAAGCCUCGUGUGCCUGGCAGCCUUUGGCCUGGCCCUGCCGCUGGCCAUCAGCCUCUUUCCCCAGAUGUCAGAGAAUCAAGCCUUGGUUGGAGCUGCCCGGAUGCAACAGGUGGUGGGCGGAGUGGGCCUGGUGGCCUUGGUGGCCUGGCUGGUAGAUUUAAGAUAUUACUGUGGCCAGGCCCGAUAGCUCCCUGGGCUGUGCUGGGCUGUGCUGGGCUGGACUAGGGAGGGGAGGGGAGCCAGUCUACACUUCACAGGAUGAACCAGCUGUGACUGAGGUCCUCAGGAGGUGGCCCAGGAAGUCAAGGGGCACUGGAGGCCUCUAGAAGAUUCCUUGGGCAGCUGGCUCUGAGUGUGACCAGCCUUCAUGCCACACCUACAGAACCAGUUCCUCUGCAUGAAGCCCAGUGACACACUGAGGCUGGUGUCACCCUCCACGGAGCCCUGAUCCAUUUGAGACCCGGAGAUGACCCCAGCUCCAGGCAGGAAGUCCUAAGAAAGAAUUAUGCUUGGCGGGAACCGUGGCCUGCCCUCUGCCCUCUGCGGGAAGAUCUUCCUUCCAGGCACAGGCUGGAAACUGGGCGUUGGGACUGAGGGUAGGGCUGGAGCCAGGCCGACUGCUGUCCUUUCCAGCCACCGGGCCACCUGCCCCAGCCCACCAUUUCCUGAGCAGGAGGGUCUCGUGCCUGAGAGUGCAAAGCCCAGAUCUCUAGGCAUCUACCUGAGAGCAUCAACCCAGGAACAGCAGGCCCCAGCUCUGGCACUGAUGGGCUGUGUGACCUUGGACGUGUCCACUACCUUCACUGAGUCUCCACUCCCUGUCCGGAACCAGAGGACUGGAUUGAGGGGUUCCCCACCUGCUCUUCCAGCUAGACUUUGUCUUUGCCUGUCCUGCUCAGAUGCUGGGCAUCCCAGGCAUGUCCCCAGCGUGGACACUGGACUGGGAAUGGGGCAGGCUCCCUUGGAAAUGGCCAGCUGUUGGCCUCAGAACCUGGACCUCGCCCUUCUGUAUGUGAACACACAUUCCUGGAGCACUUGACCUUUGCCAAACACUUUACAGGUCUGAGGGAAGAGGCAGCGUGCAUGCCUGGGCCUGAGUGUAGGCCCACAUGCUCGUGCCGCUGCCUCUCACCCUGCAUGGGCCUCUGAGGCCCGUUGCCGCUGGCUCUCAUUUGCAGGCCAGGAGAGGGGAGAGUGCUGCAGGAGCUUUGCAGAGGAAGCAGGGCCUGAGGUGGGGGUGAACAAGGUAAGCCCCCUGACCCCCAUCUGAAAGGCCCAAACAAAGCGGAAGCCUGGGCCUCCAUGCAUCCCUCACCUGACCCCAACUUGAAUGGAGACCUUGAUAUGCAACCAAAGGGCCUCUGCUUCCCUGGCGACUUCAUCUGGGGAGGGACCUGGCUGGAGAUGAACACAUGCACUUGCAGGAAAAGGCUAUUGCAGGAUGGCAAGGGCGUGGCCAUGGGUGGCUCUUGCCAUCUUUAGGGCAGGGUAGUUGUGAGGUGCAUUGAUACCAUGCACUCCUCAGAAGCCCCUGCUGCCCUCACCACCCAGGCAGGCCGUGGUGCCCCCCAGCUAGCUCUGCAGGAUGCUUCCCUGAGGGCUCCCCACUCUCCUAAGGAGCAGCCCACCCACUGCCCAUCAGGAAAAGGAGACGGCAGAGACAGGCACAGAGGACACAAGAGCAGAGGGGGUACCACAGUGUUGGAGGGGCAGGUCGUUUUUAGCUAAUCCUGCCAUAAUGUGAAUGUGCCAGUGACUGGGGGCUGGGCAUGUCUGGGUCCUCUUUUGAAAAGCUCACUUCAAACUCACCUUGCCCCACCUCUCAUAGGGUCUUGUUCUUUUGCACUUUAUACCUUGGGACCAAAACUGCUCACCCCAGCUCUACUCCCACCCCGUCCAGGGGCCUGGCAGAGAUGGGGUCUUUCCAACUCUGCCUCUGUGCUGGUUGCCCCUGCCCAGCCCCACCCCUGCCCAAGCCUUGGGAGCCCUGUGGCCUCGACAUCUCAUAACCUACUUACUUUGUCUCCUAGAUGCUUUCUGGUCAUGCUCCCAAUGCAAUUUCACAUGAGCUAAGGGGGUUUCUCCUGGGGAGUGGGAGGGGUGGGUGGCAAAGAAUCCUUGUAGCUCAGGGUAAUUGUGACAGAGGUUCAGGCGGCCAUGCUGCUAAGUCCUGGCCUGGCUGCAAAAAAUACCAUGAGGGGAAGCUUUUGGCCAACAUCCAUCCUCUACUCUGCUGAGGACAGAGGAAGGGAGGCCUCGUGGGCAGAUUGGUUCAUAACUAGGGGUGGUGGGAAGGCUGAGCCAGGAUCCACUGAGGUCUGGGCCUGGCCCAGCUGUGCCAGAAGACAGGGCACACCUGCAGCUGGCUCUCUCUCUAGCCCUGUGUACCCUCCUCUGGUCACUUCAAACAUUCCCUCAGGCUUGGGGAUGCCCUUCUCCUAUUCCAGAGAGAGAUCUUAGAGCACAGGAACUAAAAGCCCAAGAUGUCAAGAUAACCAACAGACCCCUUUUCCAAUUCCAGACUGUGAGCCAGCUGGUCUCCUGUCCUGGGCCUCUAGCCUGGGAGCAGGGUGACGUCCUGAGAGGACAAGGGCAGUGGACAGAAGCAAGGUGGUUUUCUAGCCCUGGGCCAGUGUGAGUGAGACACCAGCACACACGCCUUGGCCACUCCCAGGGGACUUUGCAGUGUCUUUUUAACCUUCUCAGAAAAUUUCUCAAUCUCUGUGAUUUAUGUAAUACUAAUGAGCUGUGGGCAAUAAAUGAUGGAUUUAAAGCA